GUGAUCAUGGACUUGAUCUUGGACUUCCUAGCUUCCAGAGCUGUGAGCAAUAAAUUUCUGUUGUUUAUAAGCUACCCAGUCUGUGGUAUUUUGUUAGAGCAACCCGAAUAGUCUGAGACAGGCCCUACCCUAGACCUACUGAAUCAGAAACGGUGGGAGUGUGGGGAUUUUUAACUGUAUUUUAACAAACCUUCCAGGUGAUUCGAAUGCACACUCAAGCUUGAGAACCACUGUCCUGUGGUGUCUAGCUCAGGAAACUACACCUUGGAGUUCACUGGAGAUGUUUAUGUGAUGACUGACCAUGUGGACAUUAUCUUUCCAGGGAGCCCCUGGAUCAGAUCUUCCUCCAGAUUCCACCUCACCUCUUCUUAGCAGCUCUGCUUGAGUUUACAGAUGUCCACCAAACUUUAGGCUCCUGAGAGAAUAAAGGUUGAGACCCAGCAUGACCAUGUCAGCUAAUUGGACCUCUCACCAGAAAUCCCUGGGCCUGGCUCCAGAGGAAUAUGGCAGCUCAUGUGAGGGAUCAGUGUCCUUCAGGGAUGUGGCUGUAGAUUUCAGCAGAGAGGAGUGGCAGCAGCUAGACCUUGAUCAGAAAAACCUGUACCGGGAUGUGAUGCUGGAGACCUAUAGCCACCUGCUCUCAGUAGGGUAUCAAGUUCCUGAAACAGAGGUUUUCAUGUUGGAGGAAGGAAAGGAGCCAUGGGCACUGCAGGGUGAGAGCCCACAUCAGAGCUGUCCAGAAGAAUUGUGGCAGAUUGAUGACCAGAUAGAGAGCUAUCAACAAAGAGAAAACAAAUCUUUAAGAGAUGUUGCUUUCAUCAAGAAAAUAUUGACUAUAAAGAGGGAUUAUGAAUAUAAAGACAGAAAAAUAAUUCAUGUGAGCCAAAACAUUCCUUCCCCAAAGAGACCUCAUCAGUGUGACUUAUAUGGAAGUGCUUUAAGCCAUAAUUUAGAUUUACAUGGUCAUAAUAGAAACAGUGGAUCAAAGAACAUUAAUAAGAUUACUGAAUAUGGUAAAAUUUCUUCCUGUACUAAACAUGAGUGUACUCCAACAGGAGAGAAAUUAUGGGGCCAUAAUCAAUGUGGAAAAAUCCUCAGCUAUAAACAAGUACCCUGUCAACAUCAGAAAAGUCAUACUGGGGCAAAAUCUUAUGAAUGUGCUGAAUUUGGAAAUAUCUUCACCCAGAAGUCACAACUCAAGGUACAUCUGAAAGUGCAUACAGGAGAAAAACUGUAUGUAUGUAUUGACUGUGGGAAGGCUUUUGUACAGAAGCCAGAAUUCAUUACACAUCAGAGAACUCAUACUAGAGAGAAGCCCUAUAAGUGCAGUGAAUGUGGGAAAGCCUUUUUCCAAGUAUCUUCUCUUUUCAGGCAUCAGAGAAUUCAUACUGGAGAAAAACUCUAUGAAUGCAGUGAAUGUGGGAAAGGCUUCUCUUAUAACUCAGAUCUUAGUAUACAUCAGAAAAUUCAUACUGGAGAGAGACACCAUGAGUGCAGUGAUUGUGGCAAAGCAUUCACGCAGAAGUCCACACUCAAGAUGCAUCAGAAAAUUCAUACAGGCGAGAGAUCCUAUAUAUGUAUUGAAUGUGGACAGGCCUUCAUCCAGAAGACACACUUGAUUGCGCACCGAAGAAUUCACACUGGAGAAAAACCAUAUGAAUGCAGUAACUGUGGGAAGUCCUUCAUUUCCAAGUCACAACUGCAGGUACAUCAACGAACUCACACAAGAAUGAAACCGUCUAUAUGCAACGAAUAUGGGAAGGUUUUCAACAAUAGUUCCAAUCUCAAUACACAUAAGAAAGUACAAAUGAGAGAGAAAUCUUCCAUAUGUACUGAAUGUGGUAAGGCCUUUACGUACAGGUCAGAGUUGAUUAUACAUCAGAGAAUUCACACCGGAGAGAAACCUUAUGAAUGCAGUGAUUGUGGAAAAGCCUUCACUCAGAAGUCAGCACUCACAGUGCAUCAGAGAAUUCAUACAGGAGAAAAAUCAUAUAUAUGCAUGAAAUGUGGGCUAGCCUUCAUCCAGAAGGCACACUUGAUUGCCCAUCAAAUAAUUCAUACAGGAGAGAAACCUUAUAAAUGUGGUAAUUGUGGGAAAUCCUUUACUUCCAAGUCACAACUUCAUGUGCAUAAACGAAUUCACACAGGAGAGAAACCUUAUAUGUGCACUAAAUGUGGGAAGGCAUUUACCAACAGGUCAAAUCUCAUUACACAUCAGAAAACUCAUACAGGAGAGAAAUCCUAUAUAUGUCCUAAAUGUGGCAAGGCCUUCACACAAAGGUCAGACUUGAUUACACAUCAGAGAAUUCAUACUGGGGAGAAACCUUAUGAAUGCAAUACCUGUGGAAAAGCCUUCACCCAGAAGUCACACCUCAAUAUACACCAGAAAAUUCACACUGGAGAGAGACAAUAUGAAUGCCAUGAAUGUGGGAAAGCCUUCAACCAGAAAUCAAUACUCAUUGUGCAUCAGAAAAUUCAUACAGGAGAGAAACCCUAUGUGUGCACUGAGUGUGGAAGAGCCUUCAUCCGGAAGUCAAACUUUAUUACUCAUCAGAGAAUUCAUACUGGGGAGAAACCUUAUGAAUGCAAUGAUUGUGGAAAAUCCUUCACCUCCAAGUCUCAGCUCCUGGUGCAUCGACCAAUUCACACAGGAGAAAAACCAUAUGUGUGUGCUAUAUGUGGGAAAGCCUUUAGUGGCAGGUCAAAUCUCAGUAAACAUCAGAAAACUCAUACCGGAGAAAAGCCCUACAUUUGUUCUGAAUGUGGGAAGACCUUCAGACAAAAGUCAGAACUGAUUAUACAUCAUAGGAUUCAUACUGGAGAGAAACCUUAUGAAUGCAGUGACUGUGGUAAAUCGUUCACUAAGAAAUCACAGCUCCAAGUGCAUCAACGAAUUCACACAGGAGAGAAGCCUUAUGUGUGUGCUGAGUGUGGGAAGGCCUUCACUGACAGAUCAAAUUUGAACAAACACCAGACAACGCACACUGGAGACAAACCCUAUAAGUGUGUAGUCUGUGGGAAAGGCUUUGUUCAGAAAUCAGUUCUCAGCGUGCAUCAGAGUAUUCACACCUGAGAGAAACAUUCUGAGAAAACCUCAGUGAGAUCAGAUUUUAUUUUACAUUAUGGAAUUCGUGCAACAGAAAACUAUGCAUAUUAUCGUAACUAGAAAUGCUCCAUAGAAUGUCGUACAUUACUAUACAGAAGAGGACCUCUGAAAGGACCCUGAAUGGGAGGACCCCUUCCCAUAUUGUCACCAGCCUCAGUAAACCUUGGGGCAUUCAUACUGAGAAGGAACUUUUUCAGUUUGGUACAUUAGAAGAAGCCUUCUCAUGAAAAGUGUAAUGGAACACUGUUAGCAAAUUCUGCACUGGAAACAUUAUGUGAAGUCAUGCUAAUGAUAAUCCUGUUUACUGUGGAAUAGGUAAUAUGCCAACAAGUUGAAUGGUAGAACAGCAUAAUAUAUACGAUAACGAUAAACUCUUAAGUUCUGUGAGAUGUUUGUUGCAGAACACAUUGCCUAACAGAAUUUUGUGUGUCAUUCUUCUGUUGAAUCAAACAUCGUCUGCGUAUCUAAUCCCCCAUUGCAUAUUUUUAUCAAGAAAGGGAUGCCACAAUAAAAAAAUUAUUUAUGUA